AGCACCCCUACCCGCUGCCCGAGGAGCCGUUGCCUUAACUACUACGAUGAGGAGCGGCUCAACAACUCCGUUGAGACCCCAGGCCCGCCCCGACGCGAUGCGCCGCCGCCCCUACGCGCUGCCCGAGGAGCCGCUGCCUUAACUACUACGACGAGGAGCGGCUCAACAACUCCGCCCAUCGCUACGCGACUCACGCAACACGAGUGGCUGCCCGACGAGCCGCUGCUGGACGACGACGAUGACGCGUGCCUCGACUACUACGACGAGGAGCGACUCAACAUCUCCGAACCUGGCACGAGCGGCGCCAGGACGCGACGCGGCGCCGCCUCUACCCGCUGCCCGAGGAGCCGCUGCCUUAACUACUACGACGAGGAGCGGCUCAACAUCUCCGAGAAGGGCAUGUACCUGGGCUCCCCGUGCGAGUUCACGUGCAACCCGCGGCUCGUGCACGUGUUCUGUGACCCCACCACGUCGACCUGCCAGUGUGACCCCAAGCACCCGGUUGCCCUCGGCGUCGCUAAGGGCUGCGCUAAGCCGAAGAAACUCGGCGAGCAAUGCUUCUACAGGCAGACGUGUCGCGCGUUCGAUUCACACGCGUCAUGCGUGCAGGUCAACCACAACGCCUACUGCCAGUGCGAGCCAGGGUACCACAGCACCUCCCACUCUCGCCCAACGCAGCGUGUCUUCUGCACUGAAGACUUGGUGCUGCUGACAGCGGACAUGCCGACGCUGCUGGGCGUGGCGUCGGGCAUCUUCGUGCUGGCGGGGCUGCUGUGCAUGGUGCUGCAUCUGUACACCAAGGCGCGCUACCACCCCACCCACCUGGCCGACGCACGCCUCACCCCUCCGUGCCUCUACUCGCUUAACGAUACUGGUGGAACGCUGAGCGCAACCCGCGCGUCAUCGCGCGCGUCUUCCCGCACGAGUGCAAGCGCGGGCACGAGCGGCACGCUGGACGAGCCGGGCACGCGGCGCGCGUCGCGGCGCGGGGUGGCGGUGUCGGCGUCGCGCGCAGGUUCGCGACGUCCAAGUCUAAGUUCGGUGCAGAGCAGUUCGUCCUCUAUUAGGAGUUACAGCGCCAAGAGGUGGGAGAGGGAGAGGGAGCAGAAGGAAAGGAGACAGAUGAGCAUGCGUCUCGCUCAGCUGCACGACAAGAUGGCGGCCGGCCGCGAGGUGCCGAAGCAUGCGCCCACGCCGUCGCCGCGCUCGCCUAACAACUCCACUGACGGGUUGUUGCCGUCUGUAUGUGAAAUUAGAGAACUAGUAACAAAUCCAGACCAGCAGCUGCAAGGCGUGGACGGGCCCUGCUCCAGUUCCUCUCUUUACUGACAGCAGGCCCGUUCGAAAGCCACGCGUCUUUCCCUGGACUCCCUCUCCUCCGAAGGUUCUCCUGCCAUGGCCUGGAUGUAGACUUUACCCACAUCCUCCUCUCAUCAACCAGGCCAUCCCAACGCCUUCGGGCAAUCCAUUAGUUUAAAUUUAAAAUGGCGGUUCCUUCGAGGGAAGAAGUACCGAAAUUUUAUCAAGCGGAUGAGCUAACGUGGUGUUUUGAACUGUGAAAAACAAUGAGUGAUCGUGAUCUCAAAAAACUGUGUCUUAAUCAAGUGUAAAAUACAUUUGAAAGUGUAUCUUGGUAUAGUUAAUAAUCUCGUAAACUUCAAGCACAAACAGAAAUCAGAAGACCCCUGCAUAGACACCAUAUCCGAUAAUAACUACCAUAAUAUUUGUAACGUAUUUUUAAGCUUGGCUAUAACAAGUAGCAAGUGAAGUAUUUUCUUCUCUGCCUUGCGCUCGGGCACUGCGUUAAGUGCAUAUUAACUGUAUUUACAGCAUAUCUACAAAAUUAUGAAGUUUAGGUACAUAAUCAAAAUUGUAUUUAACCACUGCCGCUUGGGACUAAAUUCCCGAUAUCUAUAAAACUACCUCACUCUCUGGCGUCAUAUCAGCCAUAUUUAUGGGGAACCCCUUAUUUAAUGUUAGUAACACUGAGCGAAUAGCGAGUCGUAACAUCGAUGUAUUACUGAGAAAAUAUUUCAGUUGCAACUUUGCGACAAGUCAACUUGGAAACAAAAAGGAUUUGUCAGAUUAAAUGUUACUAUAAUAUACUUGUUAUGUUUAAAGACUGUACAAAAACAGAUAAUAUAAGUAGCUUAUUAAAUGAAUUGAAAUUGCGGGCUUGUCGCUCAGUCACGCCAGCAAUAUCUACCAGCUUAUUGGUAAUUAUGCCAAGUACAUUAAGAAGCAAUAGCUCGUAAAAUCGAAAUUAAUUAAUGAUGAUAGAACUAGGUAAGUUUGGGCGCUUUAAGCUUCUAGUCGAAUGUCAAGUAAAGUAAGUCAAUGUGAUGAUUGUACAUAAAUAAGCUAAAGAUGUGUGUUAUUCUAAGCAGUGUACCAAAAUUUGUAAUUUUUGGACAUCAAAUAUAUGGCAACAUUAUUAUAAAUGACCACGCACACGACCCAGGUUUAAAUAAGUUUAAAAUAGUUUAAACAACAAAAUAACAAAUGAAAGAUCUACGCUGCUUAGUAAAUGUAAUGUGUUAAACAAAUGCUAGCCUGUUUCAGUAUUGAGAAUUUCAUGUUACAAAUAAUUUAUUGAAACGUGAUACUAAUGAAAUUUUCCGUAAAAUUCUUAAAGCAGAAAAGGCGAAAUUAUUGGUAUAAGUAUUCUAGGACAUGAUCACAGUUUUAGACUUCAGAUCUCUAACAACAAUGAUAGAUGACAGCAGUUCAAUGGGCUCAUCAUCAUCACAGAUAAAAAUCUAUUGUUCAGGACAGAUUCUUAAUGCGUGUCAUUUUAUAAUACAGACAAAAGCCGUUGUGUGUAAAAUUGUAAACGAACGAGUGAUUGAUUAGAUAUAUUUAUAGAACUUUGUCAGCAGUGAAUAUUGUUUGAAAAGAAAAGUUGCAGAGUAUGUAUAGAUAAUAAUAUAAUUUACGCACAAAGGCUGUUUGCAUGAUUGGCUAACAUGUCACAUGAAAGUAAAUAUUUACCACAUAUUUACAACAGCUGACUGGAAUUGUCCUAGUUUACUUAUCACCUCCUGAGCUAGAUUAUUUGGCAAUGACGUCACCGACCGGCUGUCAGAGUCUAGAUAAUAGUGUAUACAAUCGUGUUAAGUAAUAGUUAGAUACAUAAAAUGCAUAUUAAUUUUGUAUCUAUGUAUCUUCGAUUGGAAUUAUUUACGUCAGAAUCGAAAUAGUCCCUAAUUCAUUGACAUAGGAUAGUUUUUCGUUUUGUUAAACCACAUUCUCUCCAGUUUAUUUUUGGAAAUAUAAUAAAUAGGUAAUAAUAUAAGAUCAUUAGUUGGAAGAUUUCAGGCAUAUCCUUAAUUAAUAAAGACUGAAUUCUCAGUAAUGUAUGUUAAUGUUAAACUGCGCAGCCAGAAUGUUGAGCCUAAUUAAUUUUACGAACUAGAUAGUCAGUAAAUCCUACACUUCUUUUGAUGGCAUAAACAGCGAAACUAUGAAAUCUUCUGGUCUAAUGAUCUAUGAAAAUUAAGUGCUCUACAAUUCCACGCUGAUAUUUUCAGAAGUGUUGACGACUUUCAAGACAGAUUUAAACCUACUUUAAAAACUUAUUUUACUACCUAUUAAACUACCCAAUUGAUCCAAUAAAUCUCUUGCACGGUUUUUUCAAAUAAAAACUUAACUAUUAUAAUUAAUUGACUGAUUUCAAAUUAAUCUUCAAUAUUUUAAAAAAAUAUCCAGUUGUGGAAUACUGACAUAAUAAGUGAUAAGCUUCCGAAAGAUUAAGUAUAUUUGUAUUAAAAAUCAUUGCCGCGUGCCUGUAAACUCAUAUAAAUUAUAUUUACAAAUCGAAGCACUUUCAUAUUCCUCCCUACCUAUUGGGAUAUCUAUCUAUGUAUCUACGCUGUCAUCUUUUGUUUCUUAGAAGUAUCUGACGCGAAUUAGGUAAUUGGAAAGUAAUCCAAGUUCAUACAAAGAUAUGUAGGAAAGCUUCGUAAAAUAAAAAACCGUUGAUUGAUAACUUAGAAUCGCACACCGAGCUAUUUAUAGAGCGAUCUUUUCUGCAUCAAAAAUAAACCGCACCAAAAUAGAUCCCUACUCGCGUCUGCGAAAUCGAGCACAGGUCCGUUGAUCUCCGAUAUAAAUAUGAUACCUCUAUAUUCUUAGUUCAAAAACCUUUAUCUUGAAAAAAUAAUAGUUUUCUCUUCCCAUUUUCUUUGCCUGCUUUUCAUCUUUCCAUCCCUACUAGACUGAUCCUUAGCAACACUACCCACCUCUAAUCGUGCGCACAAACCACUUAGGUUACAAAUAAAACAAUUUAAAACUCGAUAAAUAUGAAAAUAUGAUCUAGGUUCAUAAAUUGACUGUCAUUUCGUAAAACGGGGCUUUUCCUCAAGUUUACAGGCAAGCAGUGACCUCGAAAAGUAUGCCCUUCAUACUAUCAAAUCGGGAUGCCAGCAUAAAGUAUUCUUAGCGAUUGCCAAUCGAAAAAUACACGAUUAUAACAUAAUUUAAUUAAUAUUAAUACAUUUACUGACGUUAUUAUUCAAGGAAUGUAUGUAUUUAAUGUUAUUUAUAACAAGGAUGAUGACACCACUUUUAUUAGACCAAUAUACCUACUCGUAUUCAAUGAAUGAUAACAUUUUAUGAUUUGAUACGUUGUAAGUAGUUUCUUUUUGUAUUAUUUUCUAAAAUUAGUUUCGAAAUGUUUCGUAAAGCAAGACGGUACCUAACAGCACAAACCGUGUACUUACUACUGUAAUUUUUAGAUUAUGAAAUAUCGUUUUGAGGUUUAAAAUUGUGUCUGUUGAUGGUGGUGUCAACAUGCCUAAUAUUUACGUGUAAAAGGUUGAAUCAAAAUUAAUUAUUUAGGUUCUACUAUUUUGUUAAUUAUUUAUAUAAGCCGAUGUAAUAAUGGCAGCUUCAUUUAAUACUUCCAGGAACAAAUAUUUAUAAAUAGUUGUUAAUGUGAUUUGUUAUAAUUUUAUAUUAUAGUUUAAUAUCAUUGUAAAUUUAAUAAGUUAAACAAGAAAAUGUAAAGAAAAGUGCUAGCAAAACGAAUUGAGAUAUUACUGAUUUUUCUGUAGCAACCCGAUCUGACAGUUUUAGUAGGAAUUAAAAUAAGGUAAACCUGUAAAAACAUUGAUUUCUAUUAUAAACUAGUAGUCCAUAAACAUGGACCGAGUACCUGAUACUUACAUACAUGAAUAAAUCAUUUGAGAUUACGACUCUACAUUUUCUCAGAAAAUGGUUCCUGAAACAUUUUCGUUUGAUUCCUGAAAAAUGUUCGUAAAUGGCAUAUUUAGCACAACGCGGCGUCGCGGCGUCGUCUUAAAUCUCUAUAACUCGCAUUAAUUAAGUUUAUAAUAUAAAUCAAUGGUUAAAACGAAUGAUAUGAACGCUAUGUGGCUUCUGGCCUGGCCUUAUUGAGCAGGGACCUCCGCGGAGGUUGAAGAGACAGUAGACCUAACCAUAGACUAACGUUUUAUACCCACAAAUAACAAAGGCAGUAUAAAGUAUUUUAUCGUAAGUAAAGAAAGAUGUUAAAAGAUAGUUAAUUUAUUUAGGACACAGUUAUACGUAUGUGUGAACUGUGAAUUAUGAAAAUACAGAAUCUAACGGUAGAAUACUGUUAUUAUACUGCGUUUGCUCUCCCAACGUAUUUUGUAAGUAUUCAAAUUCCAACUGGCAUACGAAUCUGUACACAUUUUAAUGCAUUAGAAUCCCAAUUCGCGUACAAAAUCAUUCAAAUCAUGUACAAUUUUUUGUUUGUGAAUUUGAAAUCCCAACAUAUUAUCUGUGUUAAGGUGAACACAAGGAUGUGUAAUACACAUCCUACACAUUGUGUAUUAAAACCGUAGUGUCAUAGUUUCGCAAAGUGUGCAUCUGCAUAAAAGUUGCCUUCUGCAUAAAUUGUAGAUACGAAUUCAUAUAGAAUUUGUGUGAUUGUUAAGUUAAAGAGUGAAACUUAUGCGAAUUGGAGGUUCUCAAUGCUGCAAAAGUGCGUCUCCUGCACCGCUCUACCGUAGAGGCUUGGCGGUAUCGGUCGGUCCGGAA